CCGGGAUCUUAGACCAGAUGAUCUUAAAGGCCCCUUCUGAGUAAAACUGGAGGUCGUGUUUACUCGGAGUCUAAAUCACUGGGAGCUUUGAGAGUGUCCUGGGCAGUUCCCUUUCCGGAGCUGUCGUGUGACAGCGUCAGGACCCUUACCUGGCUCCUUGGGUCAACUGGUCGGGCGGCUCGGGCGUGGGUAAAGUACGCGACCUGGUGAACAACAACAACGUUGUUUACGUUCCCUUUUUCUGAAAAGUCACGAGCCACCGGCAAGUGAGGAAAUGAAAGUGAAAUCAGCUGAUGUGACACCAGUCGGCGGCAUCAGUGCCCUGACCUUCAGCGAGCUGUUUACUUGGGCACAACUGCAAGCGCGAGCGGGUGGGAAGCCCGGGCCGGCCUCCGGCCGCCCUUCCCCUCGCCACCGGCCUCGGCUCCGUCUCCGGAGCCUGGCGUUAGGAAGCCAGCGAGAAAGGAGACUCCGCCAAACCUGACUCCCUGCCCGUCCUCUUUACGAGCGCCUGUGCGUUCUGCCUCUUCUUGUUCGUCCUCUGAAGGGAGCCACCUGCUAUAGAGUGAAUCGCUGUGUCCUUCAAAUUUCGUACGUUGAAACCUAACCCUCCAAGGUGAUGACAGUAGGAGGUGCCCCGGAAGGCGGCCCUGCAAAAGGGCAGGAGACGAUGACCGUCCUAAGGCCAAGGCGGGGCAAGCAGCUGCUGUUCCUGGGCAUCAUGACAGUCACGGUGGCGGUCAUCUUCCUGCUGUUCUACGCUCUCCUCUGGAAGGCCGGCAACCUCGUGGACUCGCCCAACCUCAGAAUCGGCUUCUACAACUUCUGCCUGUGGAACGAGGGCACCGGCUCCCUCCAGUGCCGCCAGUUCCCUGAGCUAGAGGCCCUGGGGGUGCCCCGGGUCGGCCUGGCCCUGGCCAGGCUCGGUGUGUACGGGGCCCUGGUCUUCACUCUCUUCGUCCCCCUGCCCCUCUUCCUGGCCUGGUGCAACAGUAACGAGGCAGAGUGGCGGCUGGCGGGGGGCUUCCUGGCGACGUCCUCCAUGCUGCUGGCCAGCGGCCUGGGCCUCUUCCUCACCUACACAUGGAAGUGGAUCCGGCUCUCCCUCCUGGAGCCUGGGUUUCUGGCUCUGGGCACUGCCCAGGCCUUACUCCUCCUCUUGCUUAUGGCCAUGUGUGUGUUCCCUCAGAGAGCAGAGGACAAGGUCAAGCUUGACAGCUGCUAGUUCCGUCGAGAGGCUUACGAUGGCAAGAGUUCAGUUUGAACUGUGCUCAGAGAAGGUGCCAGAAAACUCAUGGGCUGGCAUGUCUUCUCAGCCUGUUUCAUAGCAAAUGCCGGCCUCAAGCUCUGGCAGACGGGACCCACCACAGAGGAGGUGGGGGUACCCAGUGCCGAGAAGGCCAAGGGUGCAGCAGUGGCAGCCGCGGUACCUGCGGCUUGUUAGCAUGGUGCUGUCCAUCCUUUGGGACUUCCGAGGUUCCCAAGGACACACCACAAAAAGCUCAUUGUCACGAGAACUCCUUUAACUGACAUAAGGAUUCCCAUCACGAGGCCUGAUUUCUAGGAUAAUUAGCCACAUGUCACACUGGAACCGAGUGAAGGUUCAUGGCAACAAAGGGGGGACGUUAUGAGAGAGUGCACCUCAGCCUCCCUGGGGCCCUGGUUAGCAGGCUCCCCGUCCCCACGGUGGGUGUGAAGUGACGAGCCCGUCUCCCAAAGGCCCACGAGUGAUCCCUGAGGGAGUCACUAAAGACAGAACACGUGGGCACAAAGACAAGCCUUGGUGGCUUUGAAGGUUCUCCCGAAAAGUCUCCCAGACCUGAAGCCAGACAGAACAGGGGCGUCAGCUGGCAAAUCGUUCCUAGCAUGUGACCUGGGAGUUGGGAACACAAAACGCCGAAUCCCUGGGCAGGAGGAAGGUGAAAAGAACUGAGGGGUUCCAUACAGAUGUCGAGGCCUUCACUUCUCCACCCAGAAUUGGAAAGGACAUAAACACAGCUCACACUCUGGGGAACUGUUUGUAUUUUUCAGCACCUAUAUAUUGGAAAACCUAUACAGCAAAUGACUGCCUUAUUCUGUGCCUGUCAAAAACCACACUGAAUAGAGUCAGAAACACGGA